GCGGAAUGGCUGGCGUGAACCUGAGGUCUGCCUACUGAGGAGCCAGAGGAGCUCAGCCAGAGCCAGACCAGUGUGUGUGUGAACACCGUGCUGUGCACUAGUACUAAGUGAUCUGGGAGCUAUCGGCGUGUUUGGAAAUUACAACUACUGUGGAUGAAGAUGUGGUCAACGUUGCUGGCGAUUAUGUGCGGUGCGGGGCUGAUUGGUGGGAGCCCCGUAGAACAAGCAGAAGGGAGGGCGGCUUCCAGCGAACUGCCAAUGGAACACAGGCUGAAAGACCCCAGUCUCUUCGAUAUCCUGGGAGAGAUGACUAACACAUGGCUCAACUCGAGAACAGCUUCGGCCCUAGAUGAAGCGGCAUCUCAUUUAACGAAGGCUGUUGGAGGAUUCGUUGACAAUAUCGGAGACUUCGUGGUGGGCAAAGUGAAGAACAUACCCAGUACCAUUGAAAAAAUGACCGAAAGAGUCGGAGAGGCCGUUCAAGAUGGUGGGGAGCAGGUGAUGAUCAUCGUCAAAGGCGUGAAGAGGCCCUCCGCCUUCACCUCCGCGUCCACGAACUCCACCGUGAGCCUCGGAAGCGGCGCCGGCGGAGCUCUGCAAACAGUGGACAGAGUGUUCGAGGCCGUCAACCAGUCCAAGACAGCCACGAGCAUGCAGGAACUGGACAAGAGUAUUAGACUAUCUAUUGCUCGCAUCGGCGCAACCAUCUUGGCCAAUAUGGGCAACAUCGAUCAGGCAGUAGCGAACGGCAUCAGGGUCAUGACACGCACAGGCAACGCUACUAAAACUGAGCAACACUCGUCACCUCUGCUGCUGCUGCUGCUGCUGCCGGCAGUGAGAUCGCCGAUCUGCAAGACGUCCCCUCGGCCUCCGAAAACGAGGUUUUGCUUGGAUGAGGAGCACACUGGAAGGCUCUCAGUCGGAGCUGGUGCCUCUCGUGUAUUUGAAAAAAUGUGGUCUUAUUACCAUGAGGUUAAAGGUUAAAAAUUCAGUAGGCAUUAGCCAAGUAAUACAGCACUCAGAACCUUCUCUCUCUCUCUCUCUCUCUCUCUCUCUCUGCAUUAGUAUUAUGCAAUACUACAUAACUUUAAGUAUUUAUAAAAACGUUUAGCCUAAUAGUUCAAAUGUCUUUUAAAAGUUAUUUUCAUGUUAGGAGUAGAAAGUCAUUAGUUAACAAGAAGAAUAUUUGAGACUGUUAAACUUGGCCUUUCUCAGUAAAUAAAAGAUUGUUGUAAGGA